UACGCCGCCGAUCUGCAUCUUGAUAUCUAUUGCACAAUGCACAGUGCUGUAAAUAUGUACAUAUCGACCCACAAGUUAAACUUUGACCCGGUAAAAUGCUAAAGCACGAUCUACGGUGUCCGCGUGAGAAAAGUGGAAGCGUAUAAAAUGUUUCAUAUACAAGGACCAUUCGAGUUGUCGCUUCGAAGCGACGAACUUUCGCCUAGUGGUAACAAAACCUUAGCGGCACUCGCUAAGAUUCAUAAACACUGCACUGGAAAAGCUCACGCACAUGGCUGCAUCGACCAAAAAGUUCAUCCUCUCGUAAAAUCAGAUUCAAAUUUCAGUAUGAAUUCAAGAAAAUCUCAGAGGAAUGGAUACUUAAUAGAAAUAAAAGACGCUAACAAAAAUGGCAGUUUCAACGGAAACACAAAUGCCCUGUUUACAAAGAGUUUUAGCAACAGUACAAGUUCCUACGAGGGCCAUAGCGAUACAGAUUCCGAAAAUACAUCUAAGAACCGACAUGAAAUGAGGCAUACUGAUCCUUGCGAGAGAUUAUUUACUCAGAAUACGAAAGCGUCGUUGAUGAAAACGGCGCGGAUGCGCUACGCCGACGAUAGCACAAUAGCUCUACUAGACGAAGUUGAUGGUGAAAAAUAUAAACUAAACUUAUGUCGAAAUCCAUCAAGAGGUAGUUUUAAAUGUAGGAAAUCCAGUGAGCCAGUUAAAGUUGACGAUGUUAAUAUAAAUAAUGACAAUGCUUCAGAUGAUAAGAAAAAAGCUCUUACACAGCAUAAAGUGUCUGUUGUUAGGAGAAACUCGGGUGGCUACUCAACCAAAUGUGGAAAUGAAAUUAAACCACCUUGGCGAGGUACAUCCAAAAAUCGUGUACAGACAGAAACGCUUGUUCGUUCUCCAUCGCUUCGAGGAAGUAUUAGAAAGAGGACUAAAUGUGAUGGAAUACCAUGGCGGAAGCUGUACGAAUUUUCAAUUUGGAGGAGGUGCGGUGUGAGUUUUGCAUCAAAAGAGGCUUACACCGAUCGCGCCUUGCUACGUCCGUGGAGCGAAUUAUCUUCACAGCCACUAUUCCAGGCUAAAUCGGAGGAGCAGUUGGCGUGCGAGAAGGAAUGGCUGCAAGCUGGUCACAUGUGGGUGGCGCACCGCGGGGGGUUCACGGCCGUGACGCGCGAGGGGGACGCGGGGGACGGACGCGUCACGGUCCGUGUGCUGCAGAGUGGAGAGAUGCUGACCGUCGACGAGGACGACCUGGAGAAGGCAAACCCGCCGCAGCUGGAACGCGCCGAGGACAUCGCGUCGCUGCGGUGUUUGAACGAGUGCGGCGCUCUGCACGUGCUGCGGUCGCGGCUAGCCGCCGGCCUGUGCCACGCCCGCGCCGGCCUCGCACUGCUCGUGAUGGGCCCUCCGCCUCGCACCGCGCCCAUCUAUACCGAGAAGGUUGCAGCAAUGUUCCGCGGGUGUCGCAUGGACGACAUGCCGCCACACGUGUUCGCGGCGGCGCAGUCCGCACACAAGUGCAUGCUGUCUUCAAGAAAAGACAGAGCCAUCGUCUUCCUCGGAAGAUCUGGCUCGGGUAAGACGAGCGCCAUGCGACAGUGUGUGUGGUACCUCGCCACGGCGUACCCUGCCCAGGGCUCCAAGCUGACUCCGGAGAAGCUGCAAGCGGCGUUGGAAGUUCUGCAUCUGUUUGGCUCCAGCCGGACGGGUUCGAAUGCGUACGCGUCUCGAUUUGUGUCGCUCACGUCACUGGACUUUGACAGCGGCGGAGCGCUCGUGUCCGCUUCAGUACAGACCUUGCUGCCCGAGCUCAAGCCUGACCAGUCACCGUUGAGGGCGCUGCAUAUCCUGUACCACGGGUGUGACUCUCGACUCCGUCGCGAGCUGCUGCUGGAGCAGACGCCGGUGAGCGCUCCGAACGCGUACGUGACGUCAGGGGAGAAAGCGGACGCGCCCGCAGACAUGUCCGCACUCUGCGACGCCUUGCAGCUGCUGGGAGUCUCUGCGCAGGAGCAGAUGGCGCUUUGGAAGAUACUCGCCGCCAUAUGCCAUCUGGGGACCGCUGGUGCUGUCAAAGCGAAUACCGGGAGUGGUCUGAAGUACCAGUUCGCGAGCGGUGCGUGCGCGUCGCGAGCGAGCCGCGUGCUCGGCGUGUGCGUGGAGGAGCUGUCCCGGGCCGUGUUCGCGCCCUCCGCCCCCGCGGCCCCGCCCUCGCCUCAGCAGCCGCCCUCGCUCAGAACUCCAUCGCCAUCAAAUGAAAGAGACUUGCUUGGCUCGGAGUGUUUGGACGCGUUCGUUACCGGGCUAUACAAUGAAGUGUUCAACAUUGUUGCGGCAUUCGUAAAUCGGAGUAUCACGACGUCUGCGCGGAUCUCUGCGUCCAUCGUGCUGCUGGAUAGCCCAGGGGCUGACAACCCGCUGUGUGCUGGCCAGCAGAGUGGAGCUCCCCUGUCCAAGCUACUCUCAAAUUACUUACAGGAACGAUUGCAAGCUGUGUUCCACGAAGCUAUGCUGGUCGCGCCACGGGAGAGAUACGCACAGGAGGGCAUCACCCUUGACGACGGGACUGAUGAAGACUGGUUGUCAGAGACCGUGAAUCCUGGACCGAUGGUGGAACUCCUGGACAAGUCGCCACAGAACACAAUAGUGCGCAGUUCGCAGGCAGACCUGCGGGAAUGUGACAGACGAGGACUGUUGUGGUUAUUAGACGAAGAAUCGAUGUACCCGGGAUCGUCGGACGACACGUUCCUGGAGCGCGUGAUGACUCACUACGGAGCUCCCAACAGCACGCAGUACCUCAUCAAGAAGGCGCCGCACGCCAGACAAUUCAGCUUGCAGCAUUUACAGGGAACGAACCCUGUAUUAUAUGACGUCACGGGAUGGGUAAAGGCGAGUCGCGAGAAUCCUGUCAUUAAGAAAGCUCAUGCUUUGUUACAAGAGAGUCAGAAUGAGGACAUAGGCCGCGUAUGGCGCUGGUCUCGCGGCGCCAGCGGGGCGGGCUCGUGGGCGGUGCCGCUGGGCGACGCGGCCACGUUACGCCGCGCCUCCUCCGUCCGGCGGACACUCACCUCCGGCACUGCUGGUAUGAAGCGUCGCUCGAUAGCGUUGCAAGCUAAGUUCGUAGCGGACGGUAUCGUGGACACGCUGCGACGUUGCGGAUCCACCGGCAUCCAGUUCGUGUGCUGUCUGCUGACCAAUCAGCAGAGCGACGCUCCAGAUGACGUCAACGUGCCGCUUCUGAGGUCUCAGUUUCGCGGCUUCCAGUUGCUCGAAGCGGCGAGGUUGUAUAAGCAAGGGUUCCCUGAACACAUGCCGCUCUCAGAGUUCACGAGAAGAUAUCGUCUGCUGGCUACGUGUGACGAGUCGGCGCCACUGACGAACCUGUCCGAGAGGCAGCUGGUUGACGAAAUGCUGCUAGCGCUUGACCUCGACGUCACCAGCUACAGACUGGGCCUCACGCAGAUUAUGUUCCGUGGCGGCGUUGUCGGUGAACUGGACGGUCGCCGCGACGCCGCCCUGGCCCGAGUGCUGGUGCGGCUACAGGCACGUGCCAGGGGCUUGCUGGCCAGACGGAGGACACACAAGCUUCGGACCCAGCAUACAGCCGCCAGAUGCGUGCAGCGCAACGUGCGCGCGUUCCUGGCGGUGAGGGACUGGCCGUGGUGGCGGCUGCUGGUCCGGGUCACUCCCCUGCUGGCCGUGCACCGCACCGAGCACCGGCUGAAGCAGGCCCUGGAAGAGUUGGACACACUCAAAACGAAGCUGGAUAAGGUGGAGAACGAGCGCGCACUCUACAAAGAUGAGACAGAGAAGCUGCAGACUAAGUUGUCGGAGGUGGGUGGUGAACUGGCUGAGGAGAGGUCAGCGGCUGCCGUGGCGACGGAGCGCGCGGACGCCGAGGCCGCCGAGAGACUCCGCAUCGAGCGAGACAACCGGGACCUGCAGUCUAACAACCAGAGACUGCAACAGGCAUCCGAACGUCUGGAGCUCGAACUCCUGCACUGGCGGUCAGCGGAGAAUGGCGGACUAGAGCCAUCCGAUUCGGAGGGCUCGGAGUCAGAGAUUGGCGUUAACGGCGAGAAAUACAAGCGGCGAUUUGAGCGCGCCCACAGAGAGCUACAGCUGGUGCGAACACAGCUUCGGCGGCAGCAUGAGGACGACCUGGAACAACUCGUCACUGUCAAGAAACAGCUGGAGAAGAAGGUUCAAGAUGCUUACGAGGAAGUCGAGGAGCAACGUGCAGUUGCCGCGCAAUGGAAACGCAAGCUGCAGAAACUCACCAAUGACAUGGCUGACCUUCGAUCACUGCUUGAUGAACAGACGUGCCGUAACAACUUACUGGAGAAACGUCAGCGCAAGUUCGACAGUGAGCUGCAGAACGCUCAGGAGGAGUUGAAGAGAGAACGCACGGCCAAGGAGAGGCUGUCGCGGGAGAGGGACCAAGCCAACGCUGAGAAGUACGCGCUUGAACAGAGCCUCUCUGAAGCUCGGUUGGAACUCGAGCUUAAAGAAGAGCGUCUGUUAGCCGCGUCGAGGUCGCUGGAGGAGCGGGAGGGCGGGGACGAGGUGAGCGCCCUGCGCCGCGCCAAGAACGAGCUGGAGAGACGGACACGGGACCAGGAGGAGGAGCUGGACGAGCUGGCGGGGCAGCUACAGUUACUAGAAAGUUCUAAACUACGUCUGGAAAUGCUACUGGAGCAGCAGCGAAAAGAGGCGAGGCUGGAGGCGGCCGCGAGGGACGACGAGAUGGAGGAGACCCGCGCCAACGCUGCUAAGAAACUUAAAAUAUUGGAGAGUCAGCUGGAGAGCGAGCACGCUGAACGCAGUCUGUUGCUGAGAGAGAGACACGAACUGGAGCGACGACUGGCCUCGCUGGAGGAGACCGCGCGGGCCGAGACGCAGGAACAGGCGCAGCUGGUGAACCGGCUCAAGAGGGAUCUGAAGAGAUAUCGCGCGCUACUAAGAGAUGCGCAGACAAUGUUGGAACAGAAGGAGAAGGAAGGCGGCGGAAAGGCGCAAAUAAGACAACUGAAGAAUCAGGUGGAGGACCUAGAGCUAGCAGUCCGUGCUGCUAAUAAAGCGCGCGCCACAGCUGAAGCGGAAGCGUCCGAAGCGAACGCUGCGCUCGAGGAAGCGAACCGAGCGAAGAGCGAAGCGAGCGAGCGAGCGAUUACCGCGAGCAGGGAGGCGGCCGCAGCGCGCGCCCAGUUUGACGACGCGGAGGAGGAAGCUGCCGAGUUGUUGAAGAAAUACCGCGCGAGUACGAACGCAGUUUGCGCGGCGCAGGCAGAGACGCGCGCAGCGGAGGCGAGAGCGGAAGCGGCGGCGGAGGAGGCGCGAGUCGCGCGGGAGCGGGCCAACGAACUGAGCGCACGACUGGCCGCCGCAGAGGCGCCGCACGCGCAGACGCAGCACGAGAACGAGCGGCGCCUGGAGCUGCGGAAUAAGGAGUUGGAGUCAAGCCUGGAGCUGGAGGCGACGUCCCGCGCGCGUCUCGAAAGCCAGGUGUCGCGUCUGCGUGACGCGCACGAGCAGCUCGCCAAUGAGCUGGCCGCGGCGCGCGCCAGGGAACACCAGGCCAGCGACGACCUGAGGAAGUUGACCAGGCAGAUCCGAGAACUGAAGGAAGAAAAUGCGUCCGUGAACGUCAAACUGAGCGAGGCGUUGCGUGCGAAGAGUGCGGCGGAGAGCGCGGCGGCCAGCGCGGCGAGCGAGGCGAGUGCGGCGCGGGACGAGGCGCGGCUGGCGGCGAGGAGAGUGGCGGCGCUGCAGGAGGCCAUCGCGGGCGAGUUGUCCAGUGUGCAGGACUCGCGCGACGAGGACAGCGAUAACGACAGCUACAGUUCGGACGAGUCUAUCGGAACAUUCCUGGCCAAUCACAAGCUGAGCUCCUCUGUACCGUCACGUUCCAGUCUGCAUCCCGAAUCACAAAAGUCUCACAGUCCGGAAGGUCGUGCGAGCCGCUCGAGCGCGGGCUCCGGCUCCAAGCCACUGACUCCCACCGCGGAGCUGGCGUAACCCGCGCCGCCCGCCGGCCUCCUGGCCGCCGCACUGCCGCUCCUGUGUGCAGCGCUCUGCUCACGCCGCGACGUAGUUCACUGACAACUGUCAUGUGUCAACUGUCAACCGUCACGUGUCAACUGUCAACCACAACGAUCGCAUCAAUAGCAAACAUCAUUUUGGAAAUAUGUAUUUAUUAAAUGUCUGUAAAGCUUAGUUUUAUCGAUAUCAAAAUAUGAGCAGACAAAGUACUAGAAACAGUGAUUGGUUUAAGAUGAUCCACAACAAAUCCCGACGUUAAGAAGAAAGAGACUUUCUGACAUCAAUUUAAAAGUAAUAAAAUAAGCAGGCAAAUAUAUCAUAACCAAAAAGGUGUAGAAAUGAGUAUUUAUUUGUCUCCCUAGCAAUAUUGUAUGCAAGUUGACAAGUAAUUUGACACUGACAGUUGCAAUUAAUCAUACAGUCAAUAUUACCUUGACGCGUGUGAGUGUAAAUGUUUAAGGAUUUUUGUGUAGUCGUGUUGUGAAUUAGUGACGUGUUUGUUAACUGUGAAUGUGUAACUUGGAUAUAAUAUACCAUUGGUACUACUCAUACUUAAGCAGUUUGUGUAACUAAUAAUUUAUUUAACAAAAUUUUUGAAACUAUUAAGGAGCACAUUGUACGUAAUGCUCAAUUUUUAACUGUUUUAAAAUUUUUGCAAGCAAUGUAUUCGAUUAUUAUUCUCAGAUCAUGCCAAGUAUGUAUGCUUGAUAUAUCAUAUAACGGCACAAAUCUGUAAUUGCCAAGUAAGUACUGGGUAUUAAUGCUGGGAAGAUUUAUUCUGCAUGCAUUCCAAAUAUAUUUAUACAACUUGGCUUGAUUUAUUACCAUGACUUAAGGGUUGCUAACGAAGUUGUAUAAAUUCGUUAAUUGCGGGAGCGAGAAAGAUAGACAUACGAACAAAAAUCAAUCUGUUAAUAAGAACAAGAUACAGAUAUUGUUAAAUUAUUAUACAUAGUACAAUAAAAAAGAAUUAUGUAAUUAUUCCUUUUCUUUCUGUCUCUCGCAAGUUAACUUUUUUUUUAAAUCUUACAUUUCGUUAACUAACCUUUAUCCAAACAUACGGGAAAUAUUAGCGAAAAUAUAUAUUAAUUUAUAGUAGGCAAUGUAUUAAGUAGAAGUUGAUUUCAUCGGCUUAUCAGUAUUGAAAUGAAUCAAAUCGGUACGGUUGAUGUAAUGUUAAGUUGAUUGUUAUUUAGUUAGCUAACCUGUAUAUAACUAGAUUGCAUAUAUUAUUUAAUUUGUAAUAUUCGUGUGAUUAGACUGUUAUUAUAUGAUUUUUGUUACACAAUGAGUUGUUGCUUUAUAUAAUUAGAUAAUACAUAUCCCUUGGGUACCUAAUAUGUAGAGUCUUUUAUCGACUGUUUUUAUUUAAUUCUUCUGUAUAAUCUGUAGUCAACAAUUACUAAACUCGUCGUAUUUAAUGUCUUCGUACUCUUAUAAGUUAGUGUAUAAUUUUUGUCUUAUACAUUUUUAUGUAUGUGUAUUGUGCAAAAGCAUAUAAAUAGGUACUCCAUCAUUGGUUGUAACAUAAAAUUAUUGAAUAAAGGAAAUCAUAGCAA